AAAAAUGUCGAAAACCGCGAUUUUGGUUGUGGCUGAAGGUUCCGAAGAAAUGGAAACUGUAAUAACCUCCGACAUUUUACGUCGUGCCGGGGUUCUCGUUACGAUCGCUUGCAUUGGCAACGAUUCAUUCAUAAAGUGUGCUCACGGCGUAAAACUAGGCACAGAUGCAAAUCUCGCAAAUGCAGUUCAAGGUACAAGUUACGACGCCGUCGUUUUACCCGGAGGUCCUGGAUGGAAAAAUUUGGCAGCCUCAGCGGAAGUUGGAAGCUUGCUUAAGGACCAGGAAUCCAGAAACGGGGUAAUCGCUGCAAUUUGCGCUGCUCCUGUUGUCUUGAAAUCCCACGGAAUUGCCCUAGGCAAGGAAGUCACUUCCGUCCCCCUCCAUAAGGAUAAAUUGACGAGCGACUACAAAUACGUCGAAGGACAGCAAGUCGUAACCGACGGAAAUCUCAUCACAAGUAGAGGUCCAGCAACCACCUUUGCUUUCGGAUUAACUAUUGCUGAAAAGCUGGUUGGCAAGGAAGCAGCACUCAAGGUUGCCGCAGCCACACUUUACGAGGGAUACAACUAA